UCUUGAAUUUUCAAUUUCGCAUUGGUAGCAUUGGCAGCGAAACCGCAAAACACCACCAAUCUUUCUUCGACCACCGACGCAGACAACAUCCCACCCGCCAGCCAGCAAGUCUCCCCUUCCCGGUCUCCGUUUCCCGCUAGAAUUAUCCCCAAACAGCAAUCCCCCUUUCGCCAAUCGCGUAGCCAGAUCUAACCGUCGUCGCUCGAUCAGAUAUGUCAUCGAAAGGAAAGAAGCCGGCGACCAAGUCGGCCAUCGAGCAGGUCGUCUCGCGCGAGUACACCAUCCACCUCCACAAGAGGCUGCACGGCGUCACUUUCAAGAAGCGGGCUCCCCGCGCCAUCAAGGAGAUCAAGGCCUUCGCGCAGAAGGCGAUGCAAACCUCGGACGUCCGCAUCGACCCCCAGCUCAAUAAGAAGGUGUGGGAGAGCGGCAUCAAGGGCGUCCCGUACCGGCUCCGCGUGCGCAUCAGCCGACGACGAAACGACGAGGAGGACGCUAAGGAGAAGCUCUACAGUUACGUCCAGGCCGUCAACGUGAAGAACCCUAAGGGCCUCGUCACGAUCGUGGUGGAGGAAUAGAGGCGGCAGGCGGGCGACGGCAUAUCGCGGCAAAGAAAAGAGAAAGAAAAGAGAAAAAGCAGCUUCGUACUUGUUUCGUUGAGAUACCGGCUAGGUUCGUGAAGGGCAUGGUUUCGGAGUUCCUUCUGGCUUCAUGACAUUUAGAUUCACUAGUGGAUGAAUCAAGACCCGUGAACACAAUAAGCCUGGUGCCGUUUCCAGCUCCUGUGCACCCAUCGUGUUGCCCGUAGAGACGGAGUCGUUCUACACAUCCGUGGGUAAAGACUUAUGUCGCACGGCACGGCAACCCGGUCACAUCACGACGCAAGGCAGGAGACAAGACUUGGAGUUGAGCAUAAUAUAGAA